UUAUCAACGAACAGCGAGUGAGUCGGCCAGUCGCCAAUCAUCGGGCACAGGGCUCUUGGGGCGCGCUUAAAUCUGUGGGCUAUAAUCCCGCCUGAUUCGCUGUGCCCUUCACAAUUUGAGGGAACUUUUUUGUAGUUGCAUCAACUCAGGUUAAGCGGGGGGUUGCAUUUCCUUCUCCUCUUGGGAGAAGAAAACUUGAAGGAAGCCGCCUGUCUCGCCACCUGCGGAUACUGCGCAUUGUUCGGUCGGGUCCCGGCUUAGCUACAGCCUCGUUACACACCUCCAGACCCUGCAUGUAACCGGAAACCAUGACCGUCACCCACAUUGUGCUCUUCCAAUUCAAGGCUGAUGCCAAGCCAGAAGCUGUUAAGGCAGUUGUCGACAACUUCCUGUCACUGAAAGACAACUGCAUUCACCCGACGAGCAAAACGCCCUACAUCCUCUCGCUCAAGUGCGGAAAGGACAACUCGCCUGAGGGCCUGCAGAAUGGAAUGACGCACGGUUUCGUCGUUGAGUUCGCGUCCGCUGAGGAUGGGGAUUACUAUGUGACCACAGACCCGGUUCACCAAAACUUGGUCAAGAGUCUCGGGGAUGUGCUUGAGAAGCCAAUUGUUCUAGACUUCUCCGAUGGAGUGUACUAGGUAGCUAAGUUGUUAUUGUGAGCUAUAAACAGCUUCCGCCUAGUGUACCCCCCUCUCUUGUUAUGUUCGGAGAGUGA